GACAAAGCCACAGCAAGCAUGUUUCAAACCUUAGGGUUAGACCACUGGAGCCGGGAGCGAACCAACUCCAACGACGCCGUGCAACCACCUCCCUCACUCACACCAAGAAGUGCCAUCCUUCAGAACGCCUUAUGGAAAAUACUAACGUUUGCACAAAGACAGAGAAGCUCUAUUCUCAUAGGGUGGGUGAUAGGGUAUUUUCCGACCACCCGCGAGGAGCCGGUUCCCGGUAACAUAUCUUUGGUGUUUCAAUCCCUCUCACCCAAUGCCACCCGACAAAUGCACUAAUUGGUUGGAGUAACUGUGCUUCAUGUCGGUAAGCCCUGUCUGUUACCUGUACGAGUAAAAGCGCGGCUGAAUGGAGUCUGCAUCACGUCUCUUUCCUAUUCUGCCAAUACCCUGUCUUGUCCAGCUCACGAAAAGAGAGAGUUCCAUCGACACAUCGCUUUCCUUCCUUGCUCUUGUCAUCAUCGUCAUGUUUUGUCGUCGUCUCUGCUCCUGAAUGUUCGGCACCCGUUGAUCGGUCGGUCAUUCAAAAGCGCCCUGGUCCGCAUUCCCCUGCUCGGAUUUGGAGUUAGGAUCACCACCCCAGCUUUUCUCCGGAGUUGCAGGAGGAGCUUUAUUGGCACCAACAUUCGAGAGAGAAGAAGUGGACUGACCCGAAUGUCAAUGUCGGCAACGGCUACUGCGUCCGUUCCGACGGAAACGUCUUUCCUAACGGGAGAGCGGAUUCUACUGAUGAAUAAUAUGAGCGCAAUUCUCGCCGGAAUAUCGCUGUUGUUCUGUCUUGCCGUUCUCGUUGUUGUCGCUGUUCUAUUCACCGAUCCGCAUUCAAGGAAAGCUUUGGAUCGUCUUUCUUUCCGAUUACUGACAUAUGCCUUGAUAUCGAACUGCAUUUACAGUAUUGGAUACAUUAUUUGCGUCAAAGUUAGCCCGGGGGUGACUGCCGGAGUAUGGCUUAUUCAAUUCUGGCUCGGAGUAACAAAUUGGUUGAUUCUAUGCAUCGCCGUGAAUCUGCAAAUCGUACUCGUCCACUCAUUGAACAGCUUGGUUCUGGAAAAAUACUACAUCAUCGGAACGAUAUGUCUCAACCUCGUGAUCACGCUACCCCCUUUGAUUAAGGGGAAAUUUGGCUGGGACCCAGUCAUUGAAGUCUGUUGGUUAACCUCGCACAAUCCCCACGACCGCCUCACCUGGCAGAUUAGCACGCAGCUCUUCUGGAUUCUGCUGGCUGUAGUGGUCACCACAGCGUCAGCAUUGACCACCAUGGGAUACUUGUACAAACAUAAGUUCGUUUCGGAGAAAGCUUUGCAGGGUACGAAGGAGGAUAAGCAGUUGCGUCCUCACACACCAACGACUUCCCUUCCGAGAUUGGAUGCUCAUGGGAAGCCGAUUGUGGAUGACAAGAUGCAUAUCCCGAGGAGUGCGUCGAAGCUUGCUAGUCGGACGUUGUCUGCGACUAGUAGGUUUAGGAAUAUUAUUAUGAGAAUAUCGCUAUAUCCAAUUGUCAUGGUAGUCUUGAAUCUUGUGAUCACGAUUGCGGAUAUUAGGAUUAGUACUGCAAGUGGGAUAUAUUCCCAAGGGGAUUAUAGUUUAUACGUCGUUUACUAUGCUCUGUACGGUGCCCGUGGAAUUUUCUACGCAAUGAUAGCAAUAAUCGAUCCCUCCAUCCUCCGCGGGAUCCGAGUCUGGCGCGGUCUGCACUCAGCGGCCAUGUCAUCAGUAUCCGAUGACAACUACGACUUCACAGUAGGCGGCGGCAUAAUCAGCGUCCAGGCAGAAAUAACCCGACUCGCAGAAGAACUAGGCAUCUAUGAUGCAGAAAGAAAAUCAGGUGCCUCGUCACCGCUAGCACCGCUAACGCCAGCAGUUACACGCCCAGGGCAAUUUAGCGUCCCCGCGCGAAGAAUAGAAACGAACAUAGAGGGCGGAUCGGACCCGGAAUCGCCACCGCCGCAGCAGGGGCAGCAGCAGCGGCAGGAGGAGGACCAGGAUGAGCGAUUACCGGAGGGUGGAGGAAGAAAGAGCUCUUCGGCAGAAGCUGCGGAGGAGGAUCGAGUUGUGGAGGAGGGUAGAGUUGGAGUUGUGGAGGAGGUGCGGCGGCGACGGAAACAGGACCGUUCGGCUAGGCUGGAGGCAGAGAAACUUGUCAAGAGGCAGAUCUAAACAUGCUAGCAGAGUUGUACGAUAAUAUUAUGAUGUACUGUAAUUGAUAAUGAGUUUCACGGCCUCCGGAA